UCCUAUAUCUUUAGCUGGCUCCCUCUCUCUCUCUCUCUGUGAAACCCUGGCCGUGUGUGAUGCUAGACUGUACAGAUUAGAUUCCUGAUCUCAGCGUGGAUCUUUGCCUGUUGUAUUCUUUUACUUCCCUGUUUUCUCUAUAUACAGAUAGAAAUCACUAUUGGAUUACUCUCAACAUGGACGAUCUUGAUUUUGAGCCUACUGGACAUGUUCGUAUUGCUGGCAGAUUUCAGCCCAAGGCGAAGCCCAAGUCUACGAAAGUAGCAUCUAGUGCAGCUGCUUCUAAUUUCCCAAAUGUCGUAACUGAAAAUUCAAUCCGAGUAUCUAGCACUGUCUCAGAUAGUGUUCCAUCUGCUACAUCUGUUGAUGUUGGAGAGGUUAAACUAACUUAUCCAGUUGGUUCGUCCUCAGCGACCUCAGAGAUCUUAGGAAGCCUAGAGCCAUCAGGAAAGAAUGAGCACUCAAGUGUCCCGUCCUUUGAUGUUGACAGAACUACCGAGCCUUCCGAAUCAGCUGCAGCAGAUAGUAUGCAACCAUCAGCUAUGGUUGCGGCUUCUAAUGGAAGUGACGGUUCACAUUCUGUCUAUGGAAAAUCAGCCAGCGAGAAUGCAGACAUAUUCUCAGGAUUGGAAUGUCUUGACGAUUAUCCUACCCAAACUACAAGUGGUAUAGUGCCUGCUUCCAGAAAGUCCCCUGAAAAGGCCAAUGAGGGAAACUGUGGUGAUCUGACACAUUGUACUGUUGAGUCUUCAGAAUUCUUAGCAUGUGAUGUUGAAGAAGCUCAAACUGUUUCUGAUUAUUGUGCAACCCAAGAUCCAGUAUCCUGCACAGAAGCUGCUAUAUCCAACGAACAUGGUGAUAUCCGGUUAGAAACAAAGGAGUUUAAAACUUUAGAUCUUGUGUCUGAGGCUCCCAUUUCAAUUGGACGCCAUGCUGGAAAAUUUCAACCCAAGCAGCUUAGAGUGAAGAAAGGAAAAGAGAAUCCAAACAUCCCUCACUCUGAAGUUGAGUCCACCACACUUUCACAAGCUGCAAAUUUCAAAACGGGUGAAAUGGAUGAGAGCUCACUUUGUACCAUUCCGCCAGGUGAUGUUCAUGAUCACAUAUCUCCCCCUUUUGGUGAUUAUAUAGCCCCCAAUCCAACCCCCAAUUUCCAAGCAAAUGCAGAAAGCCUUGCAGAAACUACUCAGUUAGAUGAGGCUGUUUUUGGGGAUGCUGCCCAUUCAGAGGGUGUUUGUGGGAGGGGUCACAAGAGUGGAAAUGGAAAAGCUUCUACAGUUUCAAAUCAUCCUCAGAAGCGCAAAGGUUCAGCAGCUGAUGAGGAGGCUAAAGAUGGGACAUCAUCCAGGAAGUCAAGGAAGCGGUUACCCCGUCAACAAGUUGAUGAGCCAGGGAACAACACUAAUGAGGGCAGCUUCAAUGCUGAAAAUUCUAGUGAUUUUGAUGGCAAUGAAGAUAGGGAGAAUAAUACAGAACAGAGAAAAAGAGCCCCAAGAAAGUCCAAGAUACCUGUAUCUGAAAAUGAAAAACCAGUUAAAAAGCGUAAAAGGACCAAGAAAGCACCUGAUGAACCAACCGAAGACCCGACAAAAAAGAAGUUCUCCCAUUCAACUCGUAGAAAUAGAAGACAUGUGGACAAGUCUUUGAAGGAUGAAAUUGAUCCUCAAAAAGUGCCUAUGAAGGAUCUUAUUCGGCUAAGAGAGUAUAGGGAGCGCUUAGCGAUUAAAGAGGCAGCAAAGUUGAAAACUCCAGCGUCCAAUCAUAGUGCUUACGACGAGUUUCAUAAGGAAGCUUCUGAUAAUGAAGAGGAGAACUUUGGUUUCGAACAGGACAGAAGCUCUGGUGGAGAUCAAGCAGGUUGGAGGGAUAGGGUUAACACAAGUUCCUCUAGCAUCAAUUACCAGUCUUUUAUGAAGAAAGAACGCCGUGUAAAAUGGAAUGAACAAGACACGCAACUUUUGUAUGAGGGUAUUGAGCAGUUCGGAUCCGAUUUUAGAAUGAUCGCACUACUUUUUCCUGGUCGAACACGUGAUCAAAUCAAGUUGAAGUUCAAGAAGGAAGAUCGUCACAAUCGAUUACGUAUCAAUGAAGCCUUUCCCGGUCGUUCCGAAGACAAUUCCAAAUAUGUUUUGGUGAUUAAUGAGCUGCAAAAAGUUGCUCGGGAAAAGCAGGAGUCUAAUGCAGAUGAGUCGAAUGACCAGGAGGAGGUAGAGCUGACUCAUGAUAAUGAUGGGGGAGUGACAAAACCUGAGUUGGAUAAAAUUGAAGAUAUGGAAGCCGAUGUUGCUGCCAAAGUUCAACAGGAGGAAGCUGCUGUUACUGAAGUUCAUAGUCUCAUGAAGUCUGAUCAAAGUGAUGAUGGUGAUGGUUUCGGCGGUUGGGAUGAUGAGUUUUAGUGUACAGAUACCUUACUAGAAAAUUAAGUACAUCAUUGGAACCGCAAUCACUGGUAGACACUCACAGAUCACAUUUCGACUAUGAAGCAUGUGGAGAUUGAAUUCAUAUAUUGAGAAACCUGUAACAGCUGCGGAAGAACCUGCAAGAAUGGGACUCCAUAGUGACCAUACCUCAGGCCCAAAUCUGUGAAGAAAAUAUCAGCUUAGGUGUUCCUAGGGGAUUGUAACUCCUUUUUUAGCAAAAUUAAUUUGCAAUGCUAUUCCCACCCCCCACAAGUUUUUCAUUUGGAGUAAGGGGCUGGAGGGGAAAUUUGAUGUAGAAUUCAUAGCCGUUGCCAAUA